AUGUUGUAUCAAGAAGGCUUGUCCGAAAAAGCUCUGAGCAGCCCUGGUGAACAGAUGGCAUACUUACUGGCAGAGAGAAGUACACUCUUGGGGAAAUUGGAACUUGUGGACCCCAAGCCAAAGUCACGGAGAUGUAUGAGUAGUAACCUACAGAAAGAAUUUACCCAGGAGAAAUUUGAACAAAGCCACCAGCCUCUGCAAAGAGAAGAUCAGAAACAUCAAGAACCUGUGCAGCAGCCUAAAACAAAUCCAAGUGAGAAAAUAGCAAAAUGUCAUAAGAGUACAUUUACUGUUUGUUUCUUACUAACACUCAUUUUAUUUCAGUCUCAUAAUGAAGAUCUGGAAAAAGAUAAAACAUCACAAGACUGCUUAGAGAGAAGUAUGGAACAAGUAGCAAAGAGGUUAGGAAUGGCCCAUGAAGAGAUCCAAAGGCUCACCGGUGAGCUACAAGUGAAGGAGAAAGAACAGCAUAAAUUAGAUUCUGCGCUUGAGAAGGCUCAACUAGAAAUUGAGAAAUUAAAAGAAAGUUUGAUUAGACUGAAAGAAAAUGAGUCAGUUGACCUACAGAAAGCAAAGGAACAUAAUCAGAGACUGAAUGAGGAAAUUCUGGCUUUAAGAAAUCGGGUUCGAUCACUUGACUCAGAAAAAAAAGUGCUUGGAGGAAUGGUUGAAAGACUUAAAGGAGAGAUGUGUGAAACUCAAGAGAAUAAGCAACUUGGGAGACACUCCCCAGAAAUAAGUGUGGGUGCUGAACGGAGAGUACAGAUACUGAAAAUGAGCCAAGAAAAAAAUUGAAAUAUUUGAAAGUGAUUUGUCAGAAGAGGGAGGAGAAAGCAACUGUCAGAAGGUCAGAAGGUCAUGGAAGUUGAAAGUGAGGAAUUGCAAAAAUCACGGUCAGAACUUGUAUGCCUUUAUAAUGAAGUUCAGAGUCUUCCAGAGGCAGCAGAAAGCAAAGAACAGUUUUUAAUGGUAUAUGACCUGCUACAAAGAGAGAAUUCUGAAUUAGAAACAAAGGUCUUGGAGCUUUCACAAGAAUUUGAAAGAUUAAACCAUUUUACUGUAGGGGAAAAAACUGCAACUGCUAAUUUAAUUACAAGUGAAAAUAUCUGUAAAGAUCUUGUGUCUAAAGUACCAGUUUUGGAAGUAGAGGUUCAAAGUCCAAAGGAAAAGAGAGAGGAACUCUGUCCCAAAUUAGGAGAAAGUAAGCAGAAGGAAAUUCCAGAGGAGUCAGUAAAGGAGGGCACUUUUCCAAGAGAGGAGCAGAAGGAGGAAGACUCACAACAGAAUCGAGAUAUGAAAAAUGAGGAACAGCAGUUGACCAUGACACCUGAGGAAGUUGUGAGGCUUAGAGAAGAGCUGAGCCGUAUAAACCAGAGCCUGCUUCAGUCUCAGAACUCUGAAGAUAGUUUAGAUGACAGUAGUGCCCAGUAUCCAUCAUCUGGAGAAAAACUAAAAUGCAAACAGCAAGAGGAAGCACAACUUUGCCAGAAUUUGCACCGGCUCCAGGUUCUAUGCAACUCAGCUGAAAAAGAGCUUCAGUACGAGCGAGGAAGGAGCUUGGACUUAAAGCAACAUAAUAGCUUACUUCAGGAAGAAAACAUUAAGAUCAAAAUUGAACUAAAGCAUGCUCAGCAGAAGUUAUUAGACAGUGAAAAGACAUGCUCUUCACUCACAGCGGAGUGGAAGCACUGUCAGCAGAAAAUCAAGGAACUGGAGCUGGAAGUACUUAAACAGGCUCAGAGCAUUAAAUCAUGGAACAACCUACAGGAAAAGCUGGCUCAGGAGAAAUCUAAAGUCGCUGAUGCAGAGGGAAAGGUUCUGGACCUGCAGCAGAAAUUAGAACAUGCUCAUAAAGUCUGUGUCACAGACACUUGUAUUUUAGGGAAGAAGCAACUAGAGGAAAAGAUAGAAGAAGCAAUGGAAAGUGAAGCUAAAGUAAAGCAGCAGUAUGAGGAAGAACAAAAAAAGAGGAAACUCCUACAGCAGAAUGUAAAUGAGCUACAAAGUCAAGUGAGAACCUUACAGGAUAAAGAGAACCAACUGAAAAUGACCAGUUCUCAGCAACAAUCCAGAAUUCAGCAGCAAGAGACCCUACUUAAAGAACUGGAAAAUGAAAAAAGAAAAUCUGAUGAGCAUAUCAAGAGUAACCAGGAAUUGUCAGACCAGCUAUCUGGGUUAAAGCAAGAGAAAGAAGCCCUAUGUCAAGAAUAUGGGCAAUUUUUGAAGCAGCUUGAUGCCUAUAUGAGAAACUAUAAUAAGAAACAUCACCAGCACAAAGCCAAGCUUCAAAAAGUCAAGGAUCGUUUAGUUCAUGAAGUAGAAGUACGAGAUAAGAGAAUUAAACAACUUGAAGAUGAUAUUGUAACACUGCAACAACAACUGGAAAAGGAGAAGGCAUGUCAGGAUGAGGUCUCUGCCCAAAAUGAUAUCCUGCAACUAGAAAAAAGGAAACUUCUGGAGCAACUCACAGAGCAAGAAGAAUUGAUCUAUGGCAACAAAUGGAGAAUAUCUUCAUUUCAGAGCAGAAUUCUUUUCCUGGAUAGAGAAAAUAAGCAAUUACAGGAAAAUAGUCUCCGGCUCAAGCAGCAGGUUGACCUCUUAGAAUACAUUAUAAGGAGCAUCCAGAAUUGCAGAGGAGAGGAAACAAUUAGUGUCAUCCCUGAAUUCGAAGGAUUGAGUAAAAUAUUGCCUUUACCAAACUCCAGUUUUUCAGGAAUAACUUUGGUAGAGUCAGUCAGAAGUCUUCAAGAGACUGAAGAACAUAAAUCAGAAGAAGCAAUGGCAGUUCCAAAGUCCUCUGAAUCUCUUUCGUGUUCACAGAAUUCUGAUACUGGAUACAUAAAUGUGGCUUCUCUGAAAGAGACACACAGCAUACAAGAACAAAAGCAAAAGUCAGAACUAUAAAAUCACUGGUGUCUAGAGCUACACCUUUUAAAGCUGCUAACUUAAAGUGGAAUAUGACAUGGAGAAGAGUCACCACAGAUC